UGUGUACUCAUUGAUGUAGUGAAUUUGUUAAUGCUUAGGGAAGGAGUCUCCAGUGUCGGCGCUUUGUAACAGUCUGUACCAGAAGUGAAGCUGUAACUUUCGGAGUGUGUUCAGGACAGAGAAGUUUACGCUUUGUGGUUUCUCUGUAACUCAACAAGCGGGAACAGGGACCAACGUUACGUCAUACACGUUCCACAGCAACUAUAAACGGAUAAAAAGUAUCAUGUCUCGUUAUUUAUUACUGCGUAACAUCUCGAAAGUGUCUGUGGUAUAAGAGGAAUAAAACACUGUGUCAUGCUGUUUAUAUAUACAUACAUAUAUAUAAUAUAAUAUCACGUAUAGGUCGAUGGCAAAGUGGUGUAAUGAAGCUACUGCUACCACUCCGAAGUUGAUUAUUUUCCCAUAACAGCAUGACACAGCGUGAGUGUUUUAUUCCUUUCUCAGUGUGUUAAAUCUCAGAAAUCUCAUCAUUUUAAGGUCUCGAGUAAAGCUGGGCGAAAUGAGAGAUAAUAUAAUAUCGAUAUUGUGAUGAAUUAUGUCACGAUACACUUUUCUGAGAUAUCGUAGGUAUCGUGAUAUCUUUGCAUACAUGUCCAAUUUUUUUUAAAAUUUUGAUAAAGUUUUCUAAAUUUUGCCUAAUUUUUUUACAGGUUUUUUUUAUUUUUUAUUUUAAAGCUUUUCCACAGUUUUCUGUGUUAGUUUUAUUCCCUGUGUACAAAAAUAAAUGAUGAUUAAAAGUUUCUUUUUAAACACAACGCUGCUGUCCUGCUGGCAGCUUGUUAGGAAACCUGUAUAUCGUGACAUUUAGCUUUAAAAUAUCGUGAUAUUAUAUGAGUGUCGCAUCGCCUGCCUCUAGUCUCGAGCCUUUUUUAUGAACUAAAGAAAUAAAUACAGGAGCAGCAUGUGCGAUUAACCAAAUAACUUAUUAAAAUAAAUCUCAGUGUUACAUUUAUUACUUAUUUUAUGACUAAAUUUCUUCUUCUUCUUUUUAGCCACUAUGCUGUGGUGUAGUGUGAUGUGUAGUGACAAGGACAAUGGACAGAACAACAGUUAAAUUACUUAAUAAGUGCGUAAGAGAAAAGAAAAGGAAAAAUAAGACAUGACUGGUUGAAUAAUUAGGAUUAAACUUUACUCUUUAUGAAGUAAACGUUACAGCUGUAGCUCAAGAAGAAUGCGCUUUAUGCCUUUGUGGGACUUUAAACCUGCUGUUUGCACUAAUCUUUGGACCUGACUGCUGAUAUGCUGCAGUGUUUUUGCACUCGUGAGUUGGACGACCUCCACGUGACCUUUCGGCUCGUCACAUCAGUGACGUCACGCCAGCAUUUACGCUGGAGCCUAGCUGACAGAUCGUUCUCCUCGUGCUCUGACGUGAUUUCGUAUGUUUAUACGUCAGCUGUCGUGCUGUUGGUGCUAACAGGAGUUCAGUAUAAUUAAAAAGCAUCAGGGAUUAUUCUUCCCCAGAGCUGUAACGUUUAGACGUAGAUGAAGCGGAAGGAAUUUGAGUAGCUUCGUCUUCAGAGCUUUGUGUGUCACAGGUCGUCCUGUGGCGUGACGGUAGGUGGGUGGUGUGGCUCUGGCCUCGGCCCCCUCGCGCCGCUGAAUGGCUGCGAUGGCGCCCGCGCUGACCGACACGCCGGCCGACACUCACCGAAUCCGCCUCAAACUGGCUCCGUCCUCCUCCGCCAUCAACCCGAGUGCCGUGGAGGAAAACGGCGCCACCGGCCGCGUCCUCGUCCCCACAAACGGCGCUGUCAAACGCAAAACCUCAGCCGACAAAGAGGAUCAUCUGUCCUGCACGGCCGGAACCUUCAACAAGGAGGAAUCGGGUCGCGAUCUGGGCAAAAUCCAGCAGCUCGUGACCUCGUACCGCUGCUCGGAUGAGACCCUGAAACUGCAGAACGUUUUCGACAUCCUGCCUGGCUUCUUACAGGGCAAACACACCCUGGAGCUAUCAGAGGAGCAGCUGAAGAGCAUCAUGAGUGCGGGGAACGCGAGCGGUCUGCCUUCUCUACAGCAGAGCGUUAGUGUUAACGUUAACGGCAUGGCUAGGAAAUUCACUAAAGCAAGCAAAGACUCCAACAGCGUAACCAUGAACGGAGGCAAGCACGGACAGUCCGCGCUCCCCCUCGCUCACGGGGCAUCAACAGGAAACGGCCCCGUCAGAGAUUCUGCAGAGCAACACCAGUGCACUAGAGGCAUCCCUCGGGGCCGUCCGAACAACCGGGAUAUCCCAGAAUCCCCUGCGCCCUUUCGCCCGCCUUCUCAAGAGCGAAACGUUUCGGACAGGUUGUCGUCGCUUAGCACGGAAGUUUCGCUGCCUUCGCCUUCUGCGCUUCACUCGCUCGGCAGCCUGGGAGGAGACCUGCACCAUCGGUCGCAGCAGGUCGAGAGUCGACAGCUGGAGAUUGAGGGUCGUCUGCGGCGUCUGCGCAAGCGGCUGCAGGUGGUGCAGGCGAAGCAGGUGGAGCGUCACGUGCAGCAACAGCUUGGUGGAUUACUUCACAGUACGCUGGGGCCUCGGGACGGCCGCGUCCAUCAGGAGAGAGCAGAAGCGAGCCGCUUCCUGAGGGGCGGACUGGCGCCGGCCGAGCUGGAGCGACUCUCGCUGAGCUGCAGCACCAACCUGCAAGCGGCGGAAAGUGCCUUCGAUUCGGACGUGACCGAGAGCAGCUCCGGAGGAGAAACGGACGUGGAAGAGGACGAGCUGGCCCGGGCGGACGUCGAGCAGCGGCACAUUUCUCUGUGGAGGAGAGCCGAGGGCCGUUAUGCAGUGGAACGCUCCUCCAUCAUCAGUCACUGGAACUGGCUGCAGGCUCACGUCUCUGACCUGGAGUACCGCAUCCGCCAACACACCGACAUCUACCGUCACAUCCGCGCCAGCAAGGGUGCCGUGGUACUGGGUGAGAGCUCAGUGUGUGAGACAGCAACAGAGAACAGAAGCAGUGUGUCAAGGACGGAGAGUCUCACCUGUCCACAGAUGCCUGAUGCUGAGGGGACGGACGGCUCGGUGUCGACCCUCAGUGUCUCCAUGGAGACGAACUCGAGGAAAAGUUACCCGUCUCUCCGACAUGUUAAUGGGGUCAUAAACAGUCUGCGUUGCGGUUCUCCGGCCGUGUCCGAGGCGGAGCAGCAGAGGCUGAGUGCUGCAGACCUGAGCUGUGUAGCAGCACGAACUCGACCGCUCAUCUCCUGCAGGAAGAGACGCCUGAUCCGACCCUGUACACUGCCUAACCUCAACAGCAAGGCACAGACUGGCCGGUGGUGUGGCUGUGAUGUCAGUGGUCAGUGUGUGAUGUGCUGUAGUCGUCCUGCUGCUCCGUCACACACUCUGUUUCAGCGCCCCCUGCUGGACAGACUGGCUCAGCUCGACCCCUGCGUCCACCCCGUCCUCUCCUUCACCGACGAUGUUGGAAUGGGUCUGCACUUGCAGCGUGUGAUGAAGUGUCACUGGCAGGGUCGGCCACUGGACAAGAUUAAACCCAUCAAGAAGCUCUCGCUCAAACACUCAAAGUUCUCUCUGAGCGGCCGUCUCAUCGAACCUUCAUCAUCAUCAUCCUCUUCCUGCUCCAAAGACAAGCUCAAGCUGACCAGCUCGCUCCUCUCCACAGUCCGUUUGUCCCAUCACAGAGUGAGGUCAGAGAAGCUGUAUCGACACCAGCAGAGCGACAGCGAGUCUCGUCAGCUGUACAGAGCAGAGCGCAGUCACACUCGCAAGAGAGCUCGAGAACACUCACUGGAGCGUGACAAUGUCAGUAAAGUGUACAUGGAAGUGGCGAGCCCGAGUUCCUCUCUGACCACGCCCACUCUCAGCCCUAUAGUGAGACAGCUGUCGUCCUCCGAGAGCCCAACCCAACCCUGCAGUCUCACCACGACACCGCAGGCACAGCGCAAGAGGAGAGUGGAGAGCUCGUUUGACAUCAACAACAUCGUCAUCCCCAUGUCUGUGGCAGCGACCACCCGAGUGGAGAAACUGCAGUACAAAGAGAUCCUCACGCCCAGUUGGAGGGAGGUGAACGUCAUGGCCAAUCACAUUUCUGAGGAGGACGAUGCAGUGGAGAUUGAGGAUUUAUCAGAUGCAGCGUUCUCUCAGCUUCACCUCCCGUAUGAAGAGCAGGAACGUUCUCGCUGGAGUUGGACGUCCAGUUCUGUUGCCAAGAGGAGGGGCAGCCGGUCAUAUAAGUCAGUGGACGGCCGCAGCACGCCCCUGCUGGGUGGAACGAAUCCCUCCACGCCUCAGCCUUCGUCUCCCGACCCGUCUCACUUCCCGCUGCUGCAGGACUACAGCUCGGCCCCUUCACCCUCGCCUUCCAGUCCUGCCAGCCCUGAGCUGCUCACACUCUCUCACACACACACACCCGCCUCCAGAGACUCCCACCGGUUCCUGUCCAACGAGGACACGCGCUGCUCCACGCCCGACACCAGCUACGACGAGACGCCCGUGCAGCCGUGGGAGCGUCGAACGUUCCCCCUGGACGCAGAUCCGGCGCAGGAUCACGAGCAGCACGUGUGUCCGAGCAGCGAGCGCACGUUUCGAACCGCAAGACGAAUCUCUGGCUGCAGGAGCGGCUCCAGGUCCGAGUGCGAGGGCGAACCUCCGUCACCGCUGGCUGAAGACACGGGCCGGCACAGGAGCAACUCACACAGACACACACACUGCUGAAGCGUUCUGUACAGACUCUCACUCACACUCUCUCUCUCUCUCUCACACACACACACACACACACACACCCCUCCAGCUCCAGCGCCAUACAGAGCAGAUUAAACCUCCUGCUGUUUGAUAUUCAAACAUCACUUAAUUCUUUCACAGUUUUCAGUGAAUUUGGCGAGUUGAAGAUUGGAAACAAGUAGAGACAACUUCUUUCUGUUUGUUUUUUUUUUUUUUGUUUUGUUUUUUUUGGGUCACUGGAAAUGAAACGGUGGUGGCCGUUAAGAGGUGGAAAGCAGGAAACCGAGACUCGGUAGUAUCCUAAAUCGCUCAUGUGCACUUGCUUUGCAUUGGAACAGACUGAAGAGAUUGUAAACCAGCGGGUUUGACCACAAGCUCCCUAUUAUACUGAUUUAGGUACAACCCAAACACGCACAUAAAACGUCUGACCAUCAGGCAUGUCCUUAUUAUUAUUAUUAUUAUUAUUAUUAUUACUAUUAUUAUUAUUCUUCAUUUAUUUUUUUUCUUCAGCACUUCUCUCUGUUCAUUCUCAGCGUCUUUAAUGUACGGGGCCAGCUUUAACUGAAAUCUAUGAUUAAUCGGCUUCCCGUUUGGUUGAUUGCUCGUGUGUAUUUAUUUCGCCUUUAUGUAGCGUGAAAGUGCCCCGUCUCUGUCAGGUUUAGUAUAAAGCAGCAGGUCGCGCUUUUAAUACACAUUCAUAUACAUGUAGGAUGAGCUGCGUGUGAAGUUUUUUGUUAAAAACCGAUCAUGGAUCAGCUUUCCGAGGUGUUUAAUUCGUACUUAUUACGUAACUCGUACGUGCUCUUUCUUUACCUGAGAAUGAAUCGAUUGCAGCACUUAAUUUGAGUCGCUUUAGUUUAAUCUUGCUGCCUGAAUGCUUGAAAUCCCCUUAACGCAGGAGAACGUUUAUCGGCUUGAACCUUCUUCUCCUCUGUAUUUGCACUCUGAUGCUCAGCACUGUUCUGUCCUCUGUCCAUCAUUCCAUCACAACGUUGCGUUCGGCUGAAAUACGUUCGUACAGCACUUAUAUUAAAAUCGCAUUUUGUUUCUAAACUCGUGCCACUCAAAAAAUUUUUUAAGUGGACACUGAUAUGAGAAUUUCUUUCCUCUAAUCCUGUUCCCUUCUUUAGCAACAGAUUAUUACACAAAGUGAGGCAGGAUCACAGGAUCGUUUUCCCAACAAAAAGAUUUCAUACAUUACAAUCAUACUAUACGAUCACAGCACCUUUUUUUAAAAUUUUUUUUUAAAUUUAGUUUUUUUUUUUUUUUUUAUCCUAAUCACAGUCAAUCAUACUGGUCAGUCUUGUGGCUGGAACAGAGCAAAUCCUCAUUAUGAUCCCUAUAUGAUUCCUAAUCAAAUCUCGACUCUUCUCGAUGUUUUUGUUGCAAUUACGAAUCACAGUUUGUGUAAAGCUUCCAGGCUGCGUUUGUUUCUGACUCAAACGGCUCGUGGUUUUGAGGGGCGUGGCCAAGCAAGGGAAUCCAGAGAGACAAGGGGGCGGGACUAAAACUUUAAAAGUGCACAAAAUGUCAAUAUCUUUGCAAACCUACAGGUGUGAUAACGAUUCACAGAGGAAGUGACACGUUCCUGUGUCGAGGUACAGAUUUACAAUUUAUUACAGAUUUUUGAUUUUGCAAUUUUGACAUUCAUGUACAGUUAUUCGGACAGGAAAUGACAUCAAUAUGAUUAGGUCUGAUCUGAUCAGUGGAGGGUUAAGAGCUCUACACCGGCUCUCUAGCAGUGUUAGGAUUUGAGAUUUCAUCUUUUUGCGAAUAAGCACAGAGCCACGAUGUUCUUUAUUUUGCUCACUGCGUCUCAUCUCCCUCUCAGCCGAGUUCACGCUUCUGCUUUCGGUUUAUUCAGCUCUGAUACCUGCUCUUUUUCGCCUUUUGUCACUCUCAUGUCUGACUUCCUGACGUUAAAACACAUAAAGCCCUCGUACCAUCGCCUUUCUCACGUUCUUGCCUCAUUUUUGCUUAUUUCUGUUUUUCAAUCCACUGGACAGCCUGUAAUUCCGUUCGUUACACCAUAAGAGUAUUUUACACUCGGGUCUGUGUCAGCACAUUAUCAUGAGCUCUCAUUAACCAGAAAGAUUUCGUUUCACCCUUUAAAAUCAUCCGUGUGUGUGUGAGUGUGUGAGAUAUAUGAUGUAAAAAAAAAAAAAAAAAAAAAAAAAACAACGCCAUGAAGAUAGACUAUCAGCUACUGGCCCAAAUUUGUCCGUUCUCUUCCCAUGAUUAAUAAACACAACUCCUGGAUGGCGAUGGUCUGCUCGGCGCGUUCGUACAGUUUGAUUCGUGUUCAGGAGCCAAUAUCGUUUCCUACACUCAGUUUCCAACAUGGUGAAUUUGAUUGGGGGUUUGGGGGGAGGGGCAGGGGGAGGGGCAGGGAGGGGGGUAUUUGGGUAGGAGGAGUCUGGUGUAUCAUUUAGCAUGUAAUAGUUUGUAUUAUAAAAAAAAGAAGAGUAUAUUUUGUAAAUACAUUAUUUGAUUCUUUACUGUGUUUGAUUUUUGAGGCUGUAACUGUCCUGAUUGUAUAGCGAGAAGACGCGUACAAAAAAAAUAUUUAACAACUUUCUUUACAGAAAUAAAGGUGUAUGAUCAUUGGCCAAUCUGACAGAGUUUGUGCUUCUCCAAAUUAAAAGUGAAUUAUAUUGUA